AUGUAUCUUAAUUCAUCUCUCAAUCCUUUGGUCUACUGUUGGAAGAUGCGAAACAUUCGACAGGCUGUGAUGAGUCUACUUCGUAACGUCUUUCAAAGUCAGUAAGGCUUGCCAAAGUCAAAGAUAGGCAUGAGGCAACAUUUGAACCGCUUUAAGGAGACCACACCAGAAAAGCAAUACGUUGGAAUGCCGUUCCAAGGAUCUGAAAUAAAAGAAUGCUGUUCUGAUAACUUAAUGCGCUAUUAUGCUUUCUUAUAUAUAAAGGACAUAAGACGCCCUAACCGAAAGGGAGAAAGUCAGUCUCUUACUCCAACCUCAUUUUCUUCAACGUGUCCUACCACCUAUACUUCACUAACACGCUAAUUUACUGACUCUUCUCCACUGAUUAAAGAAUGCUAAACUGGUUUGACAUACUGAUAUAACUCAAAUCUUUAACGAUAUACAGUCACUCUCCUCAUCUAAACCAGGACCUCCGUUUUGCUUCUUCCUCGUUUCUUUGUCACCCUUUGUUAUCCGGUAUCUUUCAGUUAGCUACUCUACUCCACUUGGGCCCACCCGAGCCCUUUCGACCUUGCCCUUUAAACGUACUAGAGAAGGUUUUUAAAGGAUGUAAUUGUCUUCAUUUUCUACCUACUUUUUGUUUUUGUUUUCCAAAUACUCAAAACUUACCUAGUCGGGUUUGUUUUGACCAUAGUACAUGCAAUCAAACCAUAUUUCAAUGUCAUUGUCAAAGAUGAUAUUCGAUCUUUGCUUUAGUUCGUUAACUUAGCGCUUGGUAAAGAACGGCACCUGAGGCAGUUAACAAAUUAGCCGUGCAGUUUCUUUUAAGAAAAAUUAUCAUUUAUCGGUAAUUAAGACAAAGCCGGCGAAGAAGGGUUCGUUCCGUCGACCUUAUUUUAGGAAUAGGUAUAAAAUAAUAUAUUUUUUUUUGUACGGGGGACUUAGUAUAAAGACCAGUAGUUUGUUUAUUUUGCCGGUACAAUGUAGCGUCAACAAUUGCAAAGAGGUUGUUGGCAAGGGAAUAUUGUUGUUUUUUCUUUUUGCCGAGAAACCUUGCGGAAAAGUAGUCGCAUGAAGUGCCUCGAUCGUGUUUUUGAGAAUAACAGAUUUGAUGAGCGCGGGUAAAAUGUUUGUGCAUUACAGCGUAGGCCGAGUGAGAAAUUCAGCACAUAGGGACACUGAAGUUAUGAUGUUAUAUAAUGGCAUAUUUUAAACAUUCUCAUCAUUUGCAACUUAUUUAGGUAUAUUAGACUGUUGACUUCAUAUUAAAAUAACAACCUAUUACGCCUUUUUACUCAACCUCUUUUCCCCUGAAAUGAACUAUUACAUUUUUCCCUUUUCAGCCUUCUUGCAUUUUUCGAUAAACACAUAGCCCGGGGUACCACUAAUGCACUGUGAACUGCUGGGAUUAAACUUCUAACAGUUGCCUCAGUAGUUCUAAUAGCCUUCUUCCGAUCCAUUUCACCUGGCAAACUUAAGUGCUUAUAAAUGCUUGUUUGAGUUUAAAGUAAAUUGUAUUCAAAUUUUUGUUUGAUGAGGACAUCAUAAAAUUGAAUUUCCAAUAGUAUUUUUCAGACCCAGUGAUGUUUUAGAUCCACUACAUAUUUUAGAUUCUUCGAGUAUUCGGCUCAAACUUUCUUACAAAUGAUUGCAAACAAGAAAAAUGGAAAUUGCAAAUUUAAUAAUCAGCAUACCAGGAAAGUAACAUGAUUCAUCAUUCAGGAUUUAGUCUCGUGCAGAGUCUUUUACGAUAGUCAGUCUCAUUCGAACACGCAAAACACCUCCAGAGGCCAAUUAAGUUCUUUGCAGCUAUAGAAAUGAGCUGAAUUAAGACUGAUCAAUAAAAAAAAACUCACUACACUUUUGUUCCCAGCCUCUUUACUCCCCCUGAAAUAAACCUUUUUUUUUCUUUUCUUUUUUUGCUUUCUUACAAUUAUUUAAUAAACACAUAGCCUCGAGUACCACUAAUGCACUGUGGACUGCUGUGCAUUUAACUUCAAUCGGUUGCUUGGUUAUAGUUCUAAUGACUUUUUUCCGUUUCACCUGGUAAACUUAAUUGCUUAUAAAAGCUCUAACUAUUGUUUGAGUUUAAAGGAAAAUGUAUUUAAAGGGCGAGCAUCAUUAAACUGAAUUUCUAAUUCAGUGUUAGGACCGACAGUUUUGAUUGAAAACGACUGGAUAUUACAGAUCCUUCAAGUGAACAAGCUCAAUCUUUCUUACCAAACUAUUACACCUAUACUACUGGAAAAAACUCUAAUACUGGGCCAAUCCUAUAAUCAGUUCUUCUGAGAGGAAGUGCAGUGGACAUUCAUUGUUCAGUAAGCCUUGCGAAGAAUCUUUAAGAAUCAGUCUCGUUCGAGCACGGAAAAAACAGUCAUAGAACUGAAUUAACUGAACAUUACUCAGGGUCCCCUGCAAAAAGAUGGCAAUUACUAAAGACUUGCAUUCAACUCUGGUAGUUAACUUCGUCUUCAACGCUUUCUUGUCUUCCACUACGAUCAUGUUAAACAUCAUAACAAUACAAGGACUUAGUAAAGCGUCGUCGUUCCCGAGGACUUUAAAAAUCUUGUUACUAAGGGACCGGUCAUUAUUUAUCACCUGGGGGGGGUCGGAGGAUUUUGGGGGGGAUCACUUGAUUUUUAGGAGAACAGAGGGGGGGAUCAGUCGUAACUGAGAGCCCAAAAGGGGGGAUCACUGAAAAUUUUGGAAGGAUUCAGAGGUGGGACCACUCAAAUCUGCUUGAACAAUGCCAGUUUGAAAGCAUACAACAUAAAUGUGCCCAUUCUGCUGGGAGAUGAUGGCAUUUGCAAUCUCAAUUUGUUCUAUUAACACAACUUUAUUUAAAAAACGGAAGUCUGUCACACUGGCGAAUGUGUGCAUUUCAAUUUAUAUCGAGAAAGCUUUGUUUUAACGCUUUUAUAUUUUUCCUUUUAUAACGUGCUCAUGACUUAGCUAAUAUUCAUCUUUAAACAUGACAGGUGAAUUCUAAAUUGUGAACUAUAUAAACUUCUGAUAACUGAAACAUUGUAAAAAGCGUGUUUGUUUAAACAUAAACCAUUUAUCGCCUCUCCAGGAAUGGGCGUCCUGUGUCAGCUCUAUACUAAAUUCGAUUCAACUGCUUCAUCUGCCUCAUCUUGAGCCUCAUCAUCCCAUUCAACAACUUCAUUUGCCUCUUGAGCCUCGUCAAGAGACACUUUUAAAAAAAGACUGCGCGAUAACGGCUUUAUUAUGCUGUAAGUACAUCAUAGUUAGAAAUACUAUACCUGUAUAUGAACGUUUAAAACACUAAAUAUACACGUCGAAAGGUGAAUAUGGGUACAAAGACAUUGGGGGGGGGGGGGGAUCACGAAAGUUAUAUAUAGUUAUGAGGGGGGAUCACUUCAAUAAAAUAACAUUUAAAGGGGGGAUCGGCUAAAUUUCAUCGUGUUUAGCCCAAAAUCCUCCGACCCCCCCCAGGUGAUAAAUAAUGACCGGUCCCUAAGCUUAACUAUUUCUGAUCUGGGUGUAGGCUUACUUGUCCAACCACUGUACGUGGCUCAUCUUGUGACGAUUAUAGAGCAGCGCAAUAACAGUAGUGUUUAUGAUACAAUGAGCAAGGCAUAUUUUAUACUGAGCAAUUUAUUUGCUUUAAAGUCGUUUUUAGGCGUCGUUACUUUAACUGUCGACAGAUUCUUGGUCAUUCAUCUUCAUCUCAGAUACCAGGAACUUGUGACUACCAAGCGUGGUGUUGCUGUAGAGAUCUCAGCCUGGGUUUUAAGUGCAUCAAUUUCCUUCAUUUCUUUGUAUUCGUUUGAAAUUUCUUCUAUUAUAUCAGCAAUUAUUGUAGCUGUUUGUAUCAUAAUUACAGGUUUGCUUUACUGUGAAAUAUACGCAGCCGCAAGACACCACACAAUUCAGAUUCACGCUCUGCAAGUACAGCAAGUAGCACAGUAUCAGAAUGGAGAAACAGCAAAUGCCGCAAGGCUAAGAGAAACUGCACUUGCUACAUUUUACGUGUAUUUGCUGUUUUUAGUUUGCUAUUUGCCGGUAACCUGUGUUCUUCUUGCCGAGAAGAAUGGUAAAACUACCUUGUUAUCGCAUUUAAGGUAUUUUACUUUUACCCUUGCGUUUGUUAAUUCAUCUCUCAAUCCUCUGAUUUACUGUUGGAAGAUGAGACACAUUCGGCAAGCUGUUCUUAGCAUGCUUCGAAACAUCUUUCCGAGCGGUCACUAAAAUGAGUCAACAGUGCAGUAGGAAGAAGGACACUAAAUGUAACCGCGACUUGAAACCUCUUAGGAGUAUUCGUUCGAAAGGGAUAGGUAAAACCGAGCUCUGCACAGUUAAGGGUCUUAAAACGUUUGAUAGAUUUUGAUAGACCUUGUAAACCAAAGUGCAUGCAAUCAAAAACUCCCCAGAAGGCAAAACCAUAUUAAUAAAUCUCUCAUAUAUUAAACGUUAAAAAGUCUUACAAAAGUGGUAAAAAAAUGUACCGAUAUCACAAUACCAUGGCCCAUUUGUUGUAAAGUAAUAAACUAGAAUUUCUUGAUCUUUUGGUAAAGUGUACAGUUGACUGAAUUAACAUAAUCGGUCUAUCGGCCUAAGGCAAUGAAUAUAAUUAAUUCAAGUCAAUACAGUUUCGGCCUUCAAAAUGGGCGUUUAAAAGGAAGGUAAAGAAAUUUACCGUUCGAUCAUUUUUUUUGUUCAAUCAGAAAAUUGAGAACUAAUUUGAGAUUUAAGAUCACCCUUAAAACUUUAGUUUCUGACUGGGAAACAAAAUAGACUCUCGUUGAAAUCAUUAUACGUACUAUGCGGGGAUGAAUAGAAGCUUAUCGGGACGGAACCGAGAUUUCCACACAGAAAUUAGAGAGUUAAAAAAUACGUUGUGACGAUGUGACGAUAAAAGCACGUAAUUAAUAUCUAAUAUUACGACUGAGUUAUUUCGAACAGUUUUGAGAUUAUGUAGGUUUCUUUAGAAAGGUGAUCACUUAUUAAAAACAAUCAUGACGACUCUUAGUGCACAGUUUUAUUUACAGAGUUUUAAACUUGUGCAGAUUCUGAUCCUGUAGGUAUCUCAGACGAAAGCCUCGCAAACAGCUCUAAGUAGGUGCACGGAGUAAAAUGUUGUCGUUUUCUAUAGCGCACUGAAAUACAUUUCAAAAAAGAAGUUGUAGUUUAAGGCACACUGUAUGGUUUUCUUACAACCUGAUUACCCAUCCAAUAGCCAAAGAGGCUAAGUGAUUACGAGAGAUAUUUUAAACAUUUAGAUCGUUUGCAACUGAGUAAACUUGGCUAGUAAGACCGGAUGGGUGGUUAAUUAGGUUAUCAACUCUGAUAGAUCUUUUCCCAUGAUUCUUUUUGGGGUGCGGGGGUGGGGGUAACAUUCUUUUUUCUCAUCUCCUCACAAUCGCGAUAAGGAAAGGUCGGCACACGUGACCAUGUGUAUUUCAUCAAAGAUAUGUGCGCAUUUUUGCCUGAGGCCAGCAAAUAGGUUGGCUUGGUCUAGGGGGAGACGUUUUCCCUUAAUUCAUAAUUAAACUCUUCCUCUUUGACUGUGUAUUAGCGAUUCACUGCAAACCAGCUGCAGUUUCUUCUUCAAUAUUGCAUUAGUAGUUUCAUAUAAUUUUCUUCCAUUUGACUGACAAACGAACGUCAACACUUACAAAGCUCGACCUAUCGCGUUUCGGUUCAAAUGAAAAUAUAUUCAAAUUACUGUGUGAUGAUGAGAACUUCACCUUUAAUUCACGUUUAAUUCUGGGCUCACACGUGCACAGUUUUAAUUUCAAAUAUUACAGUUUCAUGUAGAGUUGAUAUUUCGGAUGUUAUGAGUACGACUUUUUUACAAUUGUCGCUGAAGACUCAGAAGUUCUCACUUCAAUCCAAUUGCCAUCAGGGGAAGAAUAGCGGAACACUGAGAACUUCUUGGGACUGUUCAAAGUUCUGCCAUUAGUCUAGCUGCCAUCGAGCGAAGGAGGACUACAGAAUGGUGGACUAGGAACUUCAGGGGACUGUUCAGUAAGUUGCGUGACGAAUUAUUGCCAUUGUCAGUCAUAAUCAAACAACUGAAAACAGUUGCAGCGCAUUCAAAUAGAAACUUAAUGGCGGAAGCUGAAGGUUUCCUAGACGGUUUGCACCAGACUCUUGUCGCUAACUGCGCCAUCAACGCUUUUUUGUCUUCCACCACCAUCGCGUUGAAUGUUAUAACAAUACAAGCGCUCCGAAAAACGAGGUCGCUGUCAAAGACUUUAAAAACAUUACUCCUGAGUCUCGCUGUCUCUGAUCUUGGUGUUGGUUUGCUUGUCCAACCUCUCUACAUAGCAACUUUUGUAAUGAGAAUAGAUCAAAGUACGCUAUUUGGGUGGAGCGUUCAAUGUAUUUCCUACAUUUUUGGACUUCUUGGAUAUGUAUUUUCGUCUGCUUCAUUUUUUGGCAUUUUCGCUUUAACUGUUGACAGAUUCUUAGCCAUUCAUCUUCAUCUCAGAUACCAGGAAGUUGUGACAUACAAGCGAAUUGUUGCCUUAGUGAUCUCAAUAUGGGUGCUCAGUUCAGCUCUUUCGGUACUUGCUUUGAAAGUAAAUUUAGAGAAAGUUCUCUCCUCUGUAAAUGGAAUCAUUGGGUCUGUUUGUCUAAUUAUUGCAGGAACGCUUUGCUGCAAAAUGCACGCAGUUGUUCGACGCCAUAGAAAUGAAAUUAAUCUCGCUCUACAAGUACAAAAAGUAGCACAGAAUGGAAAACUGGUAAAUGACGCAAGGCUGAAAAAAACUACACUUGCUACAUUUUAUGUGUAUAUCGUGUUUUUGGGAUGUUAUGUGCCAUUUUUUUGCGUGAGAGCUGCUUCUAUAAUCUCUGGUGAGUCUGUCGUGCGACAGCAUCUGUUUUAUUAUUUUUUGACACUGAUGUAUCUGAAUUCAUCUCUCAAUCCUUUGAUCUACUGUUGGAAGAUGCGAAACAUUCGACAAGCUGUGAUGAGUGUACUUCGUACGAUCUUUCAAAGUCAUUAAGGCUCACCUGCGGCUCGUUGUUCCACUUGAAUUUUGAACAUUUUACGACGUCAUUUCUAUGGUCUUUAAGAGUGUAGACCAUGGAAAAUUGUGGUCGAUUUAUCAAAUAGAUCUCUCAGUCAUUGAGAAAGCCAAUGCUUACCACCUUACUAUCAAAUUUACUGCUGAAGUAUCAGAAAUAGAAACUACAUUCUUGGACACAACAGUGUACAAGGGAGAACGAUUCGAGAAAGAAAGAAUCCUCGAUGUGCGUACUUAUUUUAAGCCUACUGAAACAUUUCUGUUUACCUACUUCAACAGCUGUUACCCAGCGGGCGUUAAAAAGGUUUUGUCAAAGGAGAAUCUCUCAGGCUUCUCAGAACAAACUCUUCAAAAGCUAUGUUUAAGGAGAACUUUGGAAAAUUAAAAACACGCCUUAUCUCUAGAGGCUACCCGGAACAAAAGUAAUAUCCUCUCAGAAAUUAAACAUGGGAACAGUAAGGAAUAAGCUCUCAAACAAACAUUGGGAACGCACAUUCCAAAAAGAUUCUACCCUUUGUCACACAAUUUCAACCGUCUAUACCAAACUUGAAAAACAUACUUAUGGACAAAUAGCAUUUAAUACAAAACCAGCUGUAAGACCUGUUGCUCAGAGAGAUAUUCAGGGAGCCUCCCUUGAUCUCUUAUAGAAAAGGAAAAUUGCUAAAAGACUGCUUGUUAAAGCCAUAACUUUAAAAAGACUUUGAAAGACACAAUAGGCUCAUCGCAGGGUCGAGUCCUGCAGGUCUUUCUACCCAUUUUUAACCUGUCAUUUCAUUUAACACGUGUUCUAUAACAAUAAUAAUGAUAAUAAUAAUAGAUCUUUGCUUUAGUUGGUUAACUUAACGCGUGGUAAAGAAAGGCACCUCCAUCAAAUCAGCUACAGUUUCUUUAUUGGUCGAUAGUCAAGACCAAGCCGGCAAAGAAGGGUCCGCUCGACCGACUUUAUUCUAGGAAUAGGUCUAAAAAUUAAUUUUUUUCGUGCAGGGGACUCAGUAAAAAGAGCAGCUAGUUUGUUUAUUUUGUACAGUACAGCGUCAACAAUUGCAAACGAGGUUGUUGGCAAGAGAAUGCUGUUUUUAUUUCUUAUUGCAGGGAAACCUUGGGGAAAAGUAGUCGUACGAAGUGCCUUGAUCGUGUUUUUGAGAAUAACAGAUUUUAUGAGCGCGGGUAAAAAUUGUUCGCGGAUUACAGGUUACUCUAAGUGAGAGUCAGUACAUACGGACACUGAGGUUAUGAUGUUAUAUAAUGGCAUAUUUUAAGCAUUCUCAUCAUUUGCAACUUAUUUAGAUAUAUUAGACAACCGACUUCAUAAAUAACAACCUAUUACGCCUUUGUAAUCAUUCACAAACCCUUUUCCCCUGAAAUGAACAAUUUUGUUUUUUCCCUUUUAGCCUUCUUACAUUUUUGAUAAACACAUAGCCUUGCGUAUACCACUAAUGCACUGUGAACUACUGUAAUUAUACAUCUAUCAGCUGCCUCAGUAGUUCUAAUAACUUUCUUCCGUUUCACCUGGCAAACUUAAAUGCUCAUAAAAGCUUUAACUGUUGAUUGUGUUAAAAGGAAAUUGUAUUCAAACCUUUUUUGGAUGAGGACAUCAUAAAAUUGAAUUUCCAAUUCUGUGUUUAGACCCACAGAUAUUUUAGAUCCUCUAGAUCUGAUUUUAGAUCCUUCGAGUAUUCGGCUCAAACUUUCUCACAAAUGAUUGCAGACUGGAAAAACGGAAAUUGCCAAUUCAAUAAUCAGUGUACCAGGAGAGUAACAUGACUCAUUAUUCUCGUGGAAAUGUCUCAGUGCUAUCGUCCUCAUGUCAAUAAAACAUGUGUCCGUGGGAGAGCGCCCGCUUAAUACGGACACUAAGUUAAUACAGACAUAAAAUAGCACGUCCCAUUGGUCCACUUUAUAUGGUCAAAGUAGGAUUUCAAAGAUUGUUAGCAGAGCUAAAAUGUGAGGUCUAACUUAGGGUGCGUUUUGUCCCAUCUGGUGUGGAACCAGGGUGUAGGAUUGGGUGUGUUGAUAUCCAUGAACUUCCUUUUCAGUAUAGUGGAAAACUACGGCUAACAGAGCUAGUACAUCCAUUCUCUGACGAACCUUUUUGUCCACGUACCCUAAAUAGAGCAAUUAGGAUCGUGUGAAAAAUACAUGUUAAAAACAUAGAAUCGAGAAAAUAUGCAAUGUUUACUAGUGCUUCGUCUUGGUCUUCCUGUUUUUAAGAAAUCGAAAUCAUUUUUAUUGUCCAGUGAAUUUUACUUUUUACAAUUUUCAUGCGUUAAGCUACGGCUGAGCUAAUCUGUAAUCAACCUGUUACGUUGGGUUAUUUUUCAUGUUCGCGUGUUUCAGACUUCUUAAUUCACAUCCUUCAACGGAUGUACCCAACAGUUGUAAUCGGGGACAAUAUUUGUUUCCGAAGCGACAAGAAACCCGCAACAAACGGUUUGCAUAAUCAUCUCUUUCUAUUUUUGACAAACUCAAAAAAUACGGAGAAACUGCAAAAAAUUAGGUGUUGAAGAUCGGUGGGCGAUCGAGCUGUCCCAGACUUCUCGAAUAUCAAAAAAGGAAAAUGAAACUACAUUUCAGUGUAGCAUUUUUAAUGAGAGGCGUUCGAUUACUCAAAGGUUUUGAAACCGAAUGAAAAACAGAAGGCGUGGCCAAACAAGACGGCGAAAAUCGUAAGUUAAUAAAAAAAAACUUAAGAAUCGCCUUUUGCCGAUUUUUUCACCUGAUUUUACAUUUGAUGGCCAGAUUUGGUUGUUUUAUACUGAAAGUGGAUUUUCUCAAAAAACUUGGUACUUUGCCUAACUUUCGCCCCUGGAAAUUUUGCCGAAAAACGCGGUUUGAAGUUUGUCGAGAAGUUUUCUGGUCACUGUCGAGCUAUAUACAGCUAAACUUACAAUAACGCCAUUUACAGGUUGUACACUUCGCGGCUUUCUGAUCCAGAUGCAAAAUAUUAUAUAGCUGGCGAAGUUUGGGCAUGCGCAGGAAGCAAAAUUUCGUUUAGGGGUUUAAAAGCGCGCAGCAGUCUUGACUUUUUCUUUUCGCUUUUUCUCCUCCCCUCUUUUUCCGCUUUUCUUGCCUCAUAUUUUUUCUUUUGCUGGGAAUUAAGUAAGCUUCAUUAUGGUGGGAGUUUUUUUGGAAAGCUUUCAGGAUCUUACGGUUAGAUGAAACAAGAGGUAGUUGGGUAGUGGAACCAGAUUUUCAUGGAAAUUUUCAGGUUAAUGUUACACUUUUUUUGCCUUUUUUUCCGGUGUCCUUGACUGAAUUGUGCUCAUUCUGGUAUGAUCUGAAAGAUCUCUUCACUCUGCCCAAUUAAGCAGGCAAAGUUGGCCUUGACUAUUAAAACUGAUGACGUCACAAGCGGUAGAAGGGAGGUGGAUUCGAACGGGCGGUUAUAUGUGGGUCCGAUUCCUGAAAGACCGAUUAGCGCUAAUCUAGGAUUAAAAGUUUGUUCCAUUUUUUUGUAUUUAUACCUUCCUACACGAUGCUUAGAGUAAGAGUCUUGUGUUAUCAGUACUGUAUCUCAGAGUAAAGGCUUAACAGUAGUUUGUAAACUUGACUUACAUGUUCUUAGGGGCUGUUUACAUGAGGGAGGAAGAUCAUAGAAAGCGGAACAACUUUACGUUGGGUUUACAUGCAGAAAUUUCGGUCCGUGUGGUGCCCAAAUAUAGAAGGUUCGAGAGGGAAUUAAAAAUGGCGGAAGAUAAAAGCGAACACGCAGUUUGGGCCCUUCCGCUCUCUUUAUGGGCGUUAAUAAUUACCUUUCUGUAGAAUUAUGACAACAAUACGCUCGUGGUAACGCUAAACGAAAUGGCCUGUUUAGUAAAGGCAGUUUACAUGGAGCUAGGAUCUUCCUACCUGUUAGCUAAGAAGAUCCAACCGCUAGGGACAAGUACAACCCAUUGCAUGUAAACCGAAUACAGAAAACAUAUGGCGAGGGAGGAAGAUCCUAGUACCAGGAACAUCUUAGCAAGCGGAUCAUCCUAGCGCCAUAUUUUUUCUGUAUUCGGUUUACAUGCGGAAAAUUGUACUUGUCCUUAGCGCUAGGAUCUUCCUAUCUGAGAUGUAGGAAUAUCCUAGCACUAGGAAGAUCCUAGUACUAGGGAUGAAACCACACAAAAAUGGCGUCAGUUCGUUCAGUGGGUAAUCUUUAAUCUUUAAUUCCUUCUCUACUGUUAACCUCACGGACCAAAAUUUCUGCAUAUAAGCGCAACCAAAAGUUGUUUCGCCUUGUAGGAUCUUCCUAAAUGCUGGGAUCUUCCUCUCGUCAUGUAAACGGGCCCUUAGACAAGAAAUACUAAAGCAAGAAAAGAAGAAAUAAGUAAUUCUACUUUUUACGGUUCCCAACUGCUUGUGAUCAUUUGCUAUUCUGUUUACUUAUCAUCCAUUCCCCGUAGAAAAUGUUUUCUCGUUCAGCGAGGUUAUUUAACAGCUGACACUUGAUUUUUCCGCUAAUUCCCUCGCUACGAACACUCGCUUCUGUUCCCCAGUCAUUAGGCUUUUUUCGCCUGAAACUGUCAAUUUGCAUCGGCCUUCUUUGAAUGAACACUUAAUUUUGCCCCUUUUAUCUGCAACUUUGCGUUAAUUAUGAUCCUUAAGCUUUUUUCUGAUAUCAGGCGAGACUGAAACUUGCAGAUGCGUUCAGUUGACUAUGUUAAUAUGGCUUUGUGGUUAUCGAAUUGUCGGACGAUUGAGUAAGAAAAACUUAACUUUGGGUGAAUAAAACACGGGAUGUUCAAUAUUAAACAUUCUAAUCAUUUGCGACUGAUAACACAUUGUCUUAUUAGAAUGGAAAUUUGUUCAAAAAUAGUUUACAGUGUAUUUUCAACCCCUUUUCUCGUUCAUUUUUUAUUUUUCGGGAAAGGUGGUACUCUCUAUGCGUAUUUCCGACGAAAUCGAAGUCUCGACCAUCGCUAUUGAUAAAACAACGAUCUUAAGAUUAGACGAUCGCAUUGCCAUUCCGAUCAAGUUUGACAACGUCACUCGUUCGAUGACGGCAAAGAAAUCUGCCAAAAAGUGUGCUAAAUGUUCAAAGUUUUGUUUGCUUAUUACUUUCGCUUUUUGUAUUUUCUCGUUUCCCUCGUUGUCCUUGUCGUGGUUGCUCAACCUUGCAAAACAAUUCUCGAUAUAAGACCAUUUCGUUGAAAAACUGCCGAUUUGAUGAAAAAUUCGCGACUAAAGCGACGUUCCUUUCUUUAAAGAUCUGUAUAAAAAAAAACCAAAAAACCAAAAAAAGCAUUCUAAUAAUAAGCUCUUAGCGAGUUAAUCGUCUCUUUCGCUACAAAAGUGUUUCGUUUUAUUUUUUUUUCUGCCUUUACACAUUUUCGACUUCGAGCAGCUGCUACAUUGCUCUGGGAAGACUGAGCCGCUGAAAAUGGACUCCAAAUACGUCAAUAACCUUGAAAUUAAUAUUGUCUUCUCCCAUUUGACUGACUUUUUAACACCCUUAAAAAUGGACCUAUCGUUAUUCUUAACAGGAAAACAUAUUCACAUUUUUGUGUGAUGAGCACGUCACUUUUAAAUUUUCCACUCUCAGUUAAGAGCGGAGCGAGUUCAUAUUUCAGUACAGCGAUUACCCUGAGUGGACUCAAACUAAUUUUUACACCGUUGGAAACAAACAAAAGGGCGGAAGACGACAGUAAAUGUUAGCUACGGUCAAUAAUUAGAGAAACCGUAGGGAAACAUAUGCUAGUGAAAUUCUAGAGACUGUUCCGUUAGUCAAGCGAAGAAGCACUUUCUCAGAAACACCUGCAAGAACCUUUAACGUUGUAUUCUACCACAGAAACUAAAAGCUCUUUAUUAGCGCUUUAUACAAUGACGGAAGCUAAAGGUUGGCAUUCAACGCUUGUCGUUAACUGCGUCUUAAACUCUUUCCUAUCUUCGACCGCCAUUCUGUUGAACAUCAUGAUGAUACAGGCGCUCAGAAAAACGAAGCCUUUAAAAACAUUGCUCCUGAGUCUGGCUGUUUCUGAUCUGUGUGUUGGCUUUCUGGUUCAACCCACUUAUGUUGCAGUUCUUGUAAUGAAAAUAAAACAAAACGCUGACAACAGCACUUAUUACACUAUAUUUGACACAUUCUACAUCCAGAACUUUUUAUUUGUUUUUGCUUCGUUUUUUGGUGUUUUCGCUUUAACUGUUGACAGAUUCUUGGCGAUUCAUCUUCAUCUCAGAUACCAGGAACUUGUGACUCACAAGCGGGUUGUUGCUGUAGUGAGCUCAGUCUGGGUUUUAAGUGCCUUAAUUGCCUUGCUUGCUUUGAAAUGGAUACAGGUUCUCGCCUUUAUCUUGGCAACCAUUCAUAUUGUGUGUUACAUAGCUACAGGACUUUUUUAUUGCAAGAUAUACGCUGUCAUUCGGCACCACGCAAACCAGAUAAACGCUGUGCAACAAUCAGCACAGAAUGAAGACAUGGCGAAUGCUGCAAGGCUGAGAAAAAGUGCAGUUGCUACAUUUUAUGUGUAUUUGGUGUUUUUAGCUUGCUAUUUACCAGUAUUUUGUACUGGGGUUGCAAAAGUCCAUGGUGAAACUCCCUUGUUAUCGCUUUUAAGGGAGGUUAGUCGUACCUUUAUGUAUCUGAAUUCAUCUCUCAAUCCGCUGAUCUACUGUUGGAAGAUGAGAACUAUUCGCCAAACUGUCAAGAACACACUACAAAGCAUCUUCGCCUGUGGUACCUGAAUAGAAGCUAUAUUUCAGAACAAUUCUGCUUUUUAUCUCGGAGGAAAACAAACCUUUAUCAACGCAAUAAAGUUUUUCAAAACAUGAUGUACUCAUCCUCGGAGACACAGUAAACUUUCACCACGAACAUUUUAUCGACCCGACUAACUGCCCCUGGGUCUCCGAGGAUGUGACGUUCAAAGACCUGUGAUGCUAUCUGUUCGGGAUUAUUUUUUUCUGCUACAGAUCUUGAAAAUUUAAAGAUUAUUCAAAAAAUUGUUUAUUGAAAUUCAUGAAACGAAGGAAGAGUUGAAAAAUGUCAUUUGAAUUCAGACAAGUGAAUGAAUGAAAGUGAAUUUCGAUUUGAUAUGUUAUAUAAACACAGAGCCGUGCAAUGAGUUUAAGUAGUAUAUAAAAAAACAAACGUUUUCUCCAGGAAAGGAUUUUAAAAUGCGUCUUUUGGCCUUCUGCAAAAUAGGUCAGAGGUAGUGAAGCUUUAAAUCACAGGGAAGGCAAUCUAACUCCCCUCCAAAAAGGAUAAAUAAUUAAACUCAUGUGGCAAAAAAGUCCAUUGAAUGUUACAACUGAGAUGGCAGAAAAUGUAUCGUUAUCGGAAUACCUUGGACUAUUUGUUGUAAGUAAUCUAACAGUUCUUGAUCAAGUACAGUUGCAAUAUAUUGCAAUCAAUAGAAUCAAUUUAUAUCAUUGAAGUUACCAAAAAAUGUUGAAAAUGUUAUUAAAAAUAAAAUUUUUAUCCUUGAGUCUUUCAUUUCUUACUUUUCUGCUUUCUGAGUACAGAAAUUGCUUAUGUGUUUUAGAUCAUCCCUGAAACCUCAGUUUCGGUCUGGGAGGGGCGGCUAACGUUUUUCAAGGAGACUCAUUGAAACAAAUGAUCCUUAUAAAUGAAAUCAUAAUACCAGAAAUACUCAGAUAUAUAGAGUUAAAAAAGGCCACGCUAUGGGAUCUCAAAUGGAAAUGUCAAUGGUAUGGCUCCAGUCAGUGAAGCAAAGACAUGUCAGCUUCAUCAAGAGCAAAAACAACUAAGAAAGAGGAAUACAUUUUCCAUCAUCUCAAAAAAUUCAGUUCGCGCUUUUUUUCCAGUUGGUGGUUGCUGAUUAUGAGUCAGUGACUGCAUGUCUGAGUAGCUAGUCUCUGUUAUUUACAUCCUCAGUUUUCAAGUUAACAUGACAGCUUUCCUAUAAUUUCUCUCGACCACAUUUUAAUCAACGAUGCUCCUUUUAAUAGUUUGCUGCGCCAGUCUUAAAAGGCCUAUUAUUAGGACGAACCAUCAAGUGCACUUGACCAGCCUUAAUAAAGCUAAUAUUGUUUUUGCACCCUUUUCAAAUACUGAAAUCAACUAAUAAAUGUAGCUUCCAAGCUAACUGUAAAUGAAAAAAAGAUAUAGCUUUUUAUCAACAUUAUUUACCGGCAAAAUGUCAUGUUGUGUUGGCUGGUUUUAAGCUGGAUCAGUAUUAAAAGAUAUUCAUUUUUAAACAUUCUCAUCAUUUGCAACUGAUUUAGGCAUGAACUAGAUCCGGAUUAUAUGGUAAAUAACAAACUAAUACGCCUUUGCUUUCGACCUCUUUUAUUCACCGACAACUCUAGAAUGAUUCUUUUCUUUUUCAACGUUUUUAAAAGUUUUCGAUAAACACAUAGCUAUUUGCCAGUUUAAAUCCAAUUGCGUCGUCAGUGUGAAGUUCUAAUAACUUUCUUCCCUUUCACCUGGUAAACUUAAUUGCUAAUAAAUGAUUGGCCUAUCGUUUGAGUUUAAAGAGGAAAAAAUUCAAAUUUUUGUUUGGUGAUGACAUCACAUAAAUUUGUUUUAAGACCGACAGUGUUGAUUGAAAACUAUAAUUAGAUAUUUCAGAUCCUACGAGUGAACUAGAAGCUUCUUAGAACUGCAAACAAGAAAAUACUGAUAGAAGACGACGCUAUCCGGAAUGCAUGCAGAGAAUCGGAGUGAAGCAGAGGAACAAUUCACGAGAUUGUUCUAUCGUGGCGUUUGUCUCACUCAGAAACGGAUGACACCUCCAAAACAGUUAUUAUAAAUUCUUUGCAUAUUAUAGAAACUGAUCAUGAACACCGAUCACUGAGGGUUCAAUAACAAGAGGACGGAAGCGUAGGGGAACAUAUUGCCGGUGAGAGUCUCUUCUGUUAGUCAACCGCAGAAGCACUUCCUUAGAAACAUCUGAAAGACCCUUUAACGCCGUAUUCAACCAGAGCAACUACUUAUAUCUUCCAGCCCCAUCGUGUUGAAUAUUAUAACACGAUACAUUAAGCGCUCAAGAAAAACGCCGUCGUUGCCGAAACCUUUAAAAAACAUUGCUCCCCGAGUCUUGCGAUUCAUCUUCAUCUCAGAUACCAGGAACUUGUGACUCCUGACAAGAGUGUUGUUGCUGUAGUGAGUUCAGUCUGGGUUUUAAGUGCCUUUAUUACCUAGAUUGGUUUGAAAUGGAUAUGGAUUCUUGGCUUUAUCUCAAUCCAAUUGCCAUCAGAGGAAGAAUAGUGGAAUAUUGAGAACUUCUUAGGACUGUGCAAUUAUUCUAGCAACGAGUCGUUUCUAGUGUCAGUCUCACUUGAAAGAGAAAACAGUUGCAGAGCUAUUCAAGCUAUUCAAAAGUUCCGUACAACGACAGAGACGUAAUGAUGGAAGCUGAAGGUUUUUGAAAAGGCUGUCGCCUAAAAUGAAUCAAACUGAGUUCUCUCUUUAGUCCAGUUGCCAUCGAGCAAAGGAAGAAUGCAGAAUGACGGAAGCUAAAGGUUUUCCAGAAGGUUUGCAUCCGACUCUUGUCGCUAACUGCGCAGUCAACGGUUUUUUGUCUUUCACUGCCAUCGUGUUGAAUGUCAUAACAAUACAAGCGCUCCGAAAAACGGCGUCGUUGUCAAAGACUUUAAAAACGUUACUCCUGAGUCUCGCUGUUUCUGAUCUUGGUUUUGGUUUGCUUGCUCAACCUCUCUAUAUCACAACUCUUGUAAUAGAAAUUGAUCCAAGUAUGCUAUUUGGAUGCAGCGUUCAAUGUACUUCCCGUAUUUUUCGACUUCUUGGAUAUGUAUUUUUUCCUGCUUCAUUUUUUGGCAUUUUCGCUUUAAGUGUUGACAGAUUCUUAGCAAUUCAUCUUCAUCUCAGAUACCAGGAAGUUGUGACAUACAAGCGAAUUGUUGCCUUAGUGAUCUCAGUAUGGGUGCUCAGUUCAGCUCUUUCGAUACUUGCUUUGAACAAAAAUUUGGAGAAAGUUCUCUCUUUUGGUAUUGGAAUCAUUGGGUCUGUUUGUCUAAUAAUUGCAGGAGCGCUUUGCUGCAAAAUGCACGCAGUUUUUCGACGUCAUAGAAAUGAAAUUAAGAGCGCUCUGCAAGUACAACAAGUAGCAUGGAAUGAAAAACUGGCAAGUGACGCAAGGCUGAAAAAAACUGCACUUGCUACAUUUUAUGUGUAUAUCGUGUUUUUGGGAUGUUAUGUGCCAUACUUUUGCGUGAGAGCUGCUUUUAGAAUCUCUGGUGAAUCUGUCUUGCGAUGGCAUCUGUUGUAUUAUUUUUUGACACUGAUGUAUCUGAAUUCAUCUCUCAAUCCUUUGAUCUACUGUUGGAAGAUGCGAAACAUUCGACAAGCUGUGAUUAGUGUGCUUCGUAACAUCUUUCAAAGUAAUUAA